AAAGGAAACAUUUAAAUAAGUUGUCAAAAACAUUUGUUCGAACUUAUUGGUUUUUAAUCUGAUGUGAGCGAAUUUUAAUCAACUGCGCAAUUGCUUUGACAGCAUCCAGAGUUAAAGAAUGGCAGAAGAUCCACGCUACCCGGAUGUUUUGCGGAAAUUGGAGAAGCUAGUGAAGUGCUUAGUUGGAAAGGACUUACCCAAUGGUAAGCUUAACUCGCUAUUGCACUAUGCAGUGCACAAGGUACGCAACCAUCGCUACCUGAGCACCAACAGUCAUGAGGUGAGCCGGUCCGUCGAAAAUCUGGUCGAUCGCUUCCACUAUGAGGGCUUGAUGCAUCAGGCGAGAGCCGUACGCUUCUUGGGCUCUGUGAUUAUGAACCAUGGAGUGUGGAAGGAUCACUACGAAGUGGAUGUACAAUAUUCCAUUCUUGAUUUCCUCCUGCACAUGGCAUACGAACCGAUUCAGAUGCAUCGACGCAACCGGCUAUUGAUGGAGGAGCGUCUUCUGGCCAUACGAGCUGCAAUCCAAUCAGCCCCGGCCUUCAAUACGCCUGAAUUUCUGACCAAACCGAAUCCUGUUGAAUUCGAAAUCAAUUGGGGGGCAUAUCUACGCGAAGAUUUGAUUCCCAUCGAACACUACGACAGUGAUACCACUCUAAGUGACUGGAGCGAGGAAACCAGCAGCGAGGAGAGCUCAUACUACGAGCCAGAGCAAGAUGCCGUGAUGAGCCUGGAUCAGAAGGAAAUGGCGAUAGUGUAUGCCAACUGCCGAGCUUAUCCCAUUGGCACAAAUACCUAUGUACCGGCGCCCCAGCGGCCAGCUGGGCAGAAAAAGACAACGUUCACCAUUAUACAGCCGGAGUACAUUUCCUUCAGUGGCAUACAGUCGCGCCACAACUGGUGCACACUACCCAAGCUGAAGGCGCUGGAGCCACCACGGCCGCCCAUAGAUGUCAGCAAUUACAGUGUCGAUCAUAUGGCCAAAGCGGUCCACUCGCAUUGGUGGCGCGACGACAUCAAUGUCCAUACGCUGACGCCAACCAAAAACCCCUGUGCCAACUUUGCCAUUGCCCAUGUCCAGCAUGUGAAUAGGUAUUCGCGCAGCCUGAUCAAGCAGUCGCUGCCCAAGACGGUCAACGAAAUGUGCCUGCUCCGAGAGAUCAUCUUCAUGUUUUUCGAGCCCGUCGAUUGUUGCUUCUUUGAGGUGCGGCCAGAGAAACUGGAAAUUAGCGUCCGCUCGAAUGUGUCCAUCUGCAGCGUUAGCCAUGGCACACUCAAGAGCACGCUGGACGAGGAGGUGCAGCCGGCCUUGCAGGCCAUGUACCGGCUGCGUCAAUUGGUCAAGGAUCUGCUGCGCCCCACUGGCGGUAAGACGACAACGGGCACCCUGGAGUGCUUCGCUGGUGGCUUGCGCGAUCUCAUGCAGCCGAUCGUGCAGCAGCUGUUAGUCUUCGAGCGACGGCUGCUGGACAAGGCGUCUGGCAAGAAGGAGUCGGGCGUAACGCUGAUCGGCCUUGUGCUCCAAAUGCGAGAGCAGUUCAGGCAGCUGCAGGAGCUUCAGCUGGUCGCUUCCGAUGCCGUUGUUGAUGCCCCGCCGCAUCUGAGGAGCGCCUAUCUGCUGACCAAGCUCUACAGGCACACUCGGAUGCAUGUGACCUACCAGAAGAUGGUCACCGCGCUGCUGUUGAUGACGCUGCGGCGCUUCUGUGAAAUCAGCGACAAUUGGUGGCGGCAUGCCGAGCUGAAUGACAGCCGGCUCGAGUUCAUUGUGGAAUACAGCAGCGCCGAUGGCCAGGGCAUAUGCGAGCGUCGCUUGCCUGAGGACGCGCCGUCGGAGCACAAAGCAAUUCUGGCGGAGCUGCAGCACUGUGAAUUCUAUAGGCUGCUCAUCACGUACGCCAUGGAGUCGGGCGAGACACAGGAAUUGCUGGCGAUCAUCAAUUUGCUGGGCGAUUUGGUGAACUCCACGCACCAAUUGAGGCCGCUGCACGAUGACCUGAUCAGGCAAUACUUUGACGAGCUCAAAAUCUUUGCUGGCUGCGCUCAGCCUAAGGGUCGACGGCGCGAAAGCAUUUUAAAUCCGAGCCCUCACAAGUUGUCCCAGUUUUUCGACCAGACUCUGAUGGCCACCGCCCGAGUCGGCGAUCGCCGGCUAAUGGGCAUGUUCAAUCAACACAUACGAAGCGACCGGGCGUGUGCCAUCAAAAUGGAGCAGGAGCCGGUGCCGUUGCAGGUGCUCGACAUACUUGAAGCAUUGGAGAAGUGCACCAAGCUGCAGCUGCCGCAAGUGAUGCCCCGUGCUCUGAGCAAGGUGCUGCGACAGCGUUGCGAUCAAGCCAACCAAUAUAUGAUGCAUUGGUAUCGCGAGGAACUGGUCAUAGCCGACCACGUGCACUUCCUGCGGCACGUGCUCAUGUUCCAGGCAGACUAUAUAAUGUAUCCGUUCUACAUCAGUCUCUUUCGCCAAAUCGAGUCCGGUCAGAAUUGGGCGUCGUCGUCGGACCUGACCACGGAACUGUACGACAUUCUGGACCGUCACUAUCCGAACAUGGCCUGUGAGCUGUAUGUGGAGGUCAUCUCACGUUCGCGCGCUCAUUCCCUCAAGGUGUACGAGGCGCUGAAUGCAAUUGCUAUGGCCUAUAUGAUGUCACCGGCUCUAGACCGCAUCAUUACGGCGAACCAAAUGCUAUCCUAUAACAGGAUUUGGCGUCUGAUGCUGAAGGUCAAGUGGGCCAUAUGGAAGCUGGAGAACAUGCACUUCAUCAAGCGCAAGGGCACAGAGGUAUACGGUCCGCUCGAUCUGGUUGGAUUGACGGUGCGCCGAUUGGAAAUUUUACGCUUCUGGCUGAUCAGCAUGAUCAGCAGCCUGCACACACAUCUAUGCACCCAUGUGCUGCAGGCCAUUGGCGCCCACUUCGAGGAACAGCUGCCGAAGGUGUUUACGAUACGUGAGCUGGCGAAACUGCAUGAGGAGUACCUGGACUCCAUAUGCAAGCACUGCCUGCUAACCGAGGAAUUUGAUGAGUUUCACAGUGCUCUGGAGCAGAUCUUUCAUUUGAUAUUUGUGCUGGACAUGGAGUGGAAUAGCUGCGGCAACUAUCUGAAUGUGUCCCAUGCUCUCAGCCUCGACAUAAGCUCCGACAAUACACUGAGUCUGGAUGAAGCCGAUAGCUAUUACCAUACCGAGGAGGCCAACAAGGCCAUGGAGUACUUGGCCCUCAAUCAAGUCGGCGAGAUUGAGAGCACCUAUAUACGUUGCCAUCAGAUGAUGGCCGGCAUCCUGACGAAUCUCGUCUACAAGCAUGAUCAAAAGUUUUUAAACUCUCUGGAGGUGGCCAUCAGCUCGAGUCUGCCCUGUUAAACGAAUCUCAGCUAAUCUAAAA